UUAAUUCAUUUACAUUUAUUGGGAUUGCUGAUACAAAUUUGUUUUCUAUUUACUUGUGGCUUUUUUAUCGUGUAGAUUUAGCUUAUUCCCCUUUCUUUCUCCACUGCUUUAGUUUCUGUUGUUUUCCUUGAAUUUUUAACAUGCGUACUUAACAAAACCCCACCUUAAAAAUCUGAAACACUUGAACUCUAAACUAUCCACCUAUUUCUGUGGUAUUCUUGUCUAAUAUAUUAUUUUCCUCUGAUUUUAAAUUCCCCAAAUUAGUAGAAUUCAUUUGUUAGAUGAGUAUAUAUGCAUCUUUUGUACAUAAAUGUGCAUAUUUGUCUUUUUAUACCUAUGUGUAUAUAUGUAUAUAUAUUUUUUAUUGUGAUAAAAUAGAGAUUACAUAACACGGAAGAUAAAAUUUACCAUCUUAAUAUCUGCACCCCCAUUUUCAUUGCAACAUUAUUUACAAUAGUCAAAAUAGGGAAACAUUCAUCAAUAGAUGAAUGGAUAAAGAAAAUGUGGUAUAUACAUAUAAUAGAAUAUUAGUCAAAGAAGGAAUGCCUGCCAUUUGUGACAGCAUGGAUGAACCUGAAGAACAUUAUGCUAUGUGAAAUAAGCUAGUCAAAGAACAAAUACUACAUGAUUCAAUUUGUAUGAUAUAUCUAAAAUAAACUCAAGAAGCACAAAAAUGCAAUAAUGGUUGCCAGAGCCUAGGAGUAGAGGGAAAUGGGGAAUUAUUUUUCCAUGGGUACAAAGUUUACAUUAUGUAAACUUUGUUGUACAGUUCUAGAGAUCUGUACAACACAACCUGUAUUAAUAAUACAGUAUUAUGCACUUUUUUAAGAGUAUAUAUGUUGUGUUAAUUGUUCUUACCACAGAAACAAAACACAAAAGAACACGAGGAAAUUUUUGGAGGUGAUGGAUAUGUUUAGUACCUUGGUUAUGGAAUCGGUAUCAUGAAUAUAUACAUAUGUUCAAACUCAUCAGGAUAUAUACAUUAAAUGUGUGUGAUUUUUUUGUACCCUAAUUAUAUCUCAAUAAAGCUAAAAACACAAAAACAUUUAACAUUUUAAUUACUUGUAAGUGUAGAGUUCAAUGUCAUUACAUUCAUAUUGCUGUACCACUGUCAUUACCACCUGUCCAUAGAACUCUUUCCAUCUUGCAAAACAGAAACUUUGUACCCAUUAAACAGUAACUCCCCAUUCCUUGGAUCUUCUAGUCCCAGCAACUUCCAUUCUAUUUUCCUUCUAUAGGAAUUUGACUACUCUACAUACCUCAUAUGAGUUGGAUCAUGCAGUGUUGUUUUUUUUGUGAUUGGUUUAUUUAACUUCGCAUAAGGUCUUCAAGGUUCAUCCAUGUUAACACAUGUCAGAAUUUCCUUCCUUUUUUAGGCUAAAUAAUGUUCCAUUAUAUGUAUAUACCACAUUUUGUUUAUCUAUUCAUCUGUCAGUGCAUACUUGGGUUGCUUCUACCUUUUGACAGUUGCAGAUAAUGCUGCUGUGAACAUGGGUGUACAGAUUUGUUCAAGUCCCUGCUUUCAGUUCUUUUGGGUAUGUACCCAGAAGUGGAAUUUUUGGAUCAUAUGGUAAUUCUGUUUUUCGUUUUUUGACUGCAGUACUGUUUUUCAUAGUGGCUACACCAUUUGAAUCAACAUAUUUUUUGAGCACCUACCAUCAGUGACCAAGAGAGAUUUAAGAAAUCCCUGUUUUCAUGGAGUUUGUAUGAGGGGCUACACAGACAAUAUAUAUGCCCACAGGUCCUGCCUCCACGGAGAUAAGAUAGAUCUGCGGUGUGAGUAAAAAGCCUGGAGAGCAGGUGUCCAUCAUGGAAGGAGAACUUCUGACCUGAGAACUCUCCUGGAGGCUGGGGAAGCCUGAGAUAGAGCAGACCCUAGAAUUGUUGGAUCUACAGUUUACCUUAACCUUUCUGCCCUUAGUGGGCAAGGCCUGAAUGACAUCUCAGCCUUCAGAGAUCAGCAAAAGCUGUGUGACGAUGGAGCGUUUAACCCAGAUGAUGGAAAGGAGAGCUUGGCAUCCUCAGGACUCUGCCCUUUUGGAGGAAGAAGAGAAUAUGACCAGGUCUCUUGAAACAGUGACAUUUAAGGAUGUUGCUGUGGACCUCACCCAAGAGGAAUGGCAGCAAAUGAAACCUGCUCAGAGGAACUUGUAUCGGGAUGUAAUGCUAGAGAAUUAUAGCAACCUAGUCACAGUGGGUUAUCAAGUCACCAAACCAGAUGUGAUCUUCAAGUUGGAGCACGAAGAGGAACCAUGGGUGGUAGAGGAGGAAAUGCUUGGAAGGCACUGUCCAGAAGUUUGGGAAGUUGAUGAACAGAGCAAGAAGCAACAGGAAACACUUGUGAGGAAAGUCACAUCCAUCUCCAAGAAAACUCUGAUUAAGGAAAAUGUCAUUGAAUGUAAAAGAGUUACAAAAAUAUUUCCUUUGAGCUCAGAUAUUCUUACUUCAAGACAAAACUUCUUUGACUGUGACUCACUUGAUAAGGGUUUGGAACAUAAUUUAGAUUUACUUAGUUAUGAGAAUAAUUGUGUAAGAGAGAAAAACUAUGACUAUAAUAAGUAUGGGAAGCCUUUUUACCACUGCUCAUCCCAUGCUCUAACCCCCUUUAAGUGUAAUCAGUGUGGACAAGAUUUCAGUCAUAAAUUUGACCUCAUCAGACAUGAAAGAAUUCAUGCUGGAGAGAAACCCUAUGAGUGUAAGGAAUGUGGAAAAGCCUUCAGCAGGAAGGAAAAUCUUAUUACACAUCAAAAAAUUCAUACUGGGGAAAAACCGUAUAAAUGUAAUGAAUGUGGAAAAGCUUUCAUUCAGAUGUCAAACCUUAUUAGACACCAGAGAAUUCAUACGGGGGAGAAACCUUAUGCAUGUAAGGACUGUUGGAAAGCCUUCAGUCAAAAAUCAAAUCUUAUUGAACAUGAGAGAAUUCAUACUGGAGAAAAACCCUAUGAAUGUAAAGAAUGUGGAAAAUCCUUCAGCCAGAAGCAAAACCUUAUUGAGCAUGAGAAAAUUCAUACUGGGGAGAAACCUUAUGCAUGUAACGAAUGUGGUAGAGCCUUUUCUCGAAUGUCAUCUGUUACUCUACACAUGAGAAGUCACACAGGGGAGAAGCCCUAUAAAUGUAAUAAAUGUGGAAAAGCCUUCUCUCAAUGCUCAGUAUUUAUUAUACAUAUGAGAAGUCAUACAGGUGAGAAACCCUAUGUGUGUAGUGAAUGUGGGAAAGCAUUCUCUCAAAGUUCAUCCCUUACUGUACAUAUGAGAAAUCAUACAGCUGAGAAACCCUAUGAAUGUAACGAGUGUGGAAAAGCCUUCAGCAGAAAAGAAAAUCUCAUUACACAUCAGAAAAUUCAUACUGGAGAGAAACCAUAUGAAUGUAAUGAGUGUGGGAAAGCUUUUAUUCAGAUGUCAAACCUCAUUAGACACCAGAGAAUUCAUACUGGUGAGAAACCUUAUGCAUGUACAGUAUGUGGGAAAGCCUUUAGUCAGAAAUCAAAUCUCACCGAACAUGAGAAAAUUCAUACUGGAGAAAAACCCUAUAAUUGUAAUCAAUGUGGAAAAGCUUUCAGUCAGAGACAAAAUCUCCUUGAGCAUGAAAAAAUUCAUACUGGAGAGAAACCGUUUAAAUGUAAUGAAUGUGGUAAAGCCUUUUCUCGAAUCUCAUCUCUUACUCUUCAUGUGAGAAGUCAUACAGGGGAGAAACCGUACGAAUGUAAUAAAUGUGGAAAAGCCUUCUCUCAAUGCUCAUUACUUAUUAUACAUAUGAGAAGUCAUACCGGUGAGAAACCUUUUGAAUGUAAUGAAUGUGGGAAAGCAUUCUCUCAAAGAGCAUCCCUUUCUAUACAUAAGAGAGGGCAUACAGGUGAGAAACGCCGAGUGUACUAAAUGAGGGAAAGGUCUUUUCUUAAAUUCAACCCAUGCUUUGCUCUUGAAACUUACUGGCAUAAACUCAAAAAAAAGAACAAGAUCUUUAUGGAAAAAUUGUAAAGCUUUAUUGAAGGGCAUAAGACUUGAAUAAAUUGAGAGAAAUACCAUAUAUACAGAUGGAAAAACCCCCAAUAUCAUAAAAAUAUCAGUUCUCCCAGAAUUAAUUUAUAGACCUUAUAUAGUUCCAAACAUCUAACACGAAUUUUCUAGGAUCUUUGCAAAAUAAUUCUAAAAUUCAUGUGAAAUGGAAGUCCCUGGAUUGCCAAGACAAUUUUGAAAAGGAGGAGACAGGACACAUCUUCUACCAUAUACUACACAAAAGUUGUGGUUGUUAAAUAGUGUCUUAUAUUAGAGCAUAAAUAGGUAAAUAAACAGAUUUUACAGAAUAGAAUGCCUAGAAAUAAACCAGUGAAUAUACAUGAGUUUGGUGUAUUAGUAGACAUGAUAUCAUGAAUCAGUAGAGAAAUGAAACAGCCAAUAAAAUUUGUUAAAGUAUUUGGUUCUCCAUAUUAGGGAGAAAAUAACUACAUGCAACCUUCCAAUGUAUAAAGAAACAGAAUUCCAAAGGAUUUAAACACUGGAACUGAAAGGCAAACUGAAGUUCUUGGAAGGAAAUACAGGAUGUUGUCUAUGAUUUUUGAGGCAGGGAAACAUUUUUUAAAAGAUAAAAAGACUCUGCAGUUCCAUUUCUGUAUGUCCAUUCUAAAGAAAAAACACCCAUAAGAAAUAUAUAUAUAAAUUGAAAACAAGCUAAAUACUGAUGGGGUAAUGGAUAAAGUGUGAUACAGUCAAGUGAUGGAAUAGUAUACAGCCGUUAAAAGUAAUAGACUAGAUCUGUAUUUUGUAACAUAGAUAGUUAUGUAAAACAGUGUAGAGUGAAAAAAAAAAAUCCCCAAAUGAAACAUUAUAUAAUGACAUUCAUGUAAACUGGAGUUAAAUCAUGAACAGUUUUUAGUAUUGAAAUAUGUUUUUAGUAUUGAAAUAUGUAUGUAUUUAAAAUAGACUAGAAGGGUACAUACCAAAUUAUUGUUAGUAUUGUCUCUGGCAAGAGAUUAGGUUUCAAAGUGUUGAUCAAAAGGGGCUUUAGCUUUAUUUGUAAUUUUUAUGCCUUAAAAAAGAAGAUUGAUAGCAUAUAAAAUCUUAAUGAUAACAGUGGCAAUAUGGAUGUCUUGUCUUAAUGGAAUUUUUUAUAGUUAUUUCUUAGAAUUUAUGGGCUACGGGAAGCCUGUGCCCAUAGAAAAAAAAAACAUUAUGAUGGAUCCCUAUGCCCUAUCAGAUGCUGAACUAUUUUAUCAAAAAUAUUUCCAGAAAAGUAGUAAUUGGAAGUAAUAGUCCUAUUUACUACAUAUAAUAUGAAAUUACCAUACUUUAUCAAUCUUUUGAUGCUUUUAUUCACAUUUUAACAUUUCUAAAAUUGUCUUUCAAUCAAUUAUGUCUUAGAUUUAAGUAAAUAUGUACUUACUAAGAAUUUGAAAAUCAGAUGGCAGUGUGAUACAUCAAGUGUGAUUUUAUUUACCAUUUUAUGGCAUCAUUGUCUACUAAUGAUCCCUUCUCUCAGUAUGUCUCACGUUACUUGGCAAUAGAUUUAUUGUAUUUGUAGUGAUUUAAUUAGUAAUAUAUUUGAAGUCAUUGUGGAGACAGUAAGAUUGUCCUGAGAAAUUGACUAUGUGACAUCAGUUGUCUUGCCCUGUAAGUUUCCAUACAACCCGGAUAAACAUUAAUAUCAUUGUUAAUCAUUGCAACAUUUUGAAAUGAGAAAACCUUUUAUUUUCGUGAGAUGGCCAUAAACAGUUUUGUAACAUAGCUUCACUUUAAACCUACAGAUCAUUUUAUUCCUUUCUCAACCCCUAAUUUACAUGACCUAUCUCAUUUUGGGUGGUAGUGGUCUCGGACCCUGAGCAGUGAUAACAGAAUUCCUCUAAAAAGAUCUCAUUCUCUAUAACAAUAUAUGAACCAACUCUUACUUAAGGUAAUGCUUUAUUAAAACAUCUCUACAAUAUUACUUGAUAUACAGAAAACCAUUAGUGCCUUUAUAAAAAGGAGAUUAGAAUUGGGGCUGUUGAUCAAAAGGGAACUUUAGCAAUGAAUGUUUAAAUGUUAAGUAAGUUUGUUUGAAGGUGAUUCUGCAAAACAAAACCUCAAACUACAGUUGUGAUAUAUAAGCAUGACUGUUUCAAUUUUUACUUUUAUUAGCUUUUUUUAAAAGCUUGACAGUGAUUUAUUAUAGUUACAAAUUGCAGGUAGUGAUUUUCAUGUAAAUAACAGUUUACCAAAACUUAAGUAUCUAAAUGAGUAUUGUCAUUUCAUAGUCUCUUCUUUAACAGGUUUUAUGCUAAGUCCAAUUUUGCCAGCACAACUAAUUUUUGUGGACUUUUUAAAAAAUAAUUUUCAAACUUUGUGUGUUAUCUGCGUAACAAGACCUGUGUUUGAUGAGGACAUGCAGAAAUUGAAAAUCUUGUGCAUUUUUGGUAGAAAUGUAAAAUUGUAUGGCUUCUGAGGAAAACAGUUGGGCAGUUUCUCAAAAAGUUAAACUUAUAAUUACCAUAUGAUUCUGCAUUUCAGUAUCUAAGAAGACAUCCAGGAGAACUGAAAGCAAUUUCAAUUGCUCUCUCUCAAAUUGGUCCUUGUACACCAAUGUUCAUAGCAACAUACUAAUAUAGCCAAAAAAUGGAAAAACUCUAUCUGUCCAGCAGUGGAUGAAUGGAUAAACAAAAUGUGAGAUAGACAUAUAAUGGAAUAUUAUUCAGCCACACAAAAGAAAGAAAUUCUGACCCAUACCACAAUGUAAAUUUACACCUUGGAAUCAUUAUGCUAAGUGAAUUAAGCCAAACUUUUAUGUUCUUUUAUGAGCAAAAAUUGUAUGAUUCCACUUAUAUGAGGUAACUAGUUCAUAGAGAAAGUAGAAUAAACAGAUUACUGAGGUGGGGAGGUAGAAAUGGAGAGUUAUUAUUUAAUGGGGACAUUGGUUCUGUUGCAUAUGAGAAAAUAGUGAUGAUGAUUAUAAAACAUUAUGAAUGUAUUUAAUGCCACUUAAUAGUACACAUAAAAAUUGUUAAAA